GGACGGGAGCUCGGCAUGGAGCGGGCGGCGGGUGCCCCGCAGCCGGGGGGUCUCAGCAGAUCGCCGCUGCACAAGAAGCAGGCGGUGAAGCGGCACCACCACAAGCACAACCUCAAGCACCGCUACGAGUUCCUGGAGACGCUGGGGAAAGGCACCUACGGCAAGGUGAAGAAGGCUCGGGAACGCUCCGGCAGGCUGGUGGCCAUCAAGUCCAUCCGGAAAGACAAAAUCAAGGAUGAGCAGGACCUUGUCCACAUCCGGAGAGAGAUCGAGAUCAUGUCGUCCCUCAACCACCCCCACAUCAUCGCUGUCCAUGAAGUGUUUGAGAACAGCAGCAAGAUCGUCAUCGUGAUGGAGUACGCCAGCAAGGGGGACCUGUACGACUACAUCAGCGAGCGGCAGCGGCUGACGGAGCAGGAGGCACGCCACUUCUUCCGCCAGGUCGUGUCGGCCGUCUACUACUGCCACAAGAAUGGGAUCGUGCACAGAGACCUGAAGCUGGAGAACAUCCUUCUGGAUGCCAAUGGGAACAUCAAGAUCGCGGACUUUGGCCUGUCCAACGUUUACCAGCAGGACAAGUUCCUGCAGACGUACUGCGGCAGCCCUCUCUACGCAUCUCCUGAAAUCAUCAACGGGCGGCCCUACAAGGGCCCGGAGGUGGACAGCUGGUCCCUCGGCGUUCUCCUCUACAUCCUGGUGCAUGGCACGAUGCCGUUCGACGGCCACGACUACAAGACUCUGGUCAAGCAGAUCACGAGUGGGGACUACCGGGAGCCCACCAAGCUGUCAGACGCCUGUGGGCUGAUCCGGUGGAUGCUGAUGGUGAACCCGGAGCGCCGUGCCACCAUCGAGGACAUCGCCACGCACUGGUGGGUCAACUGGGGCUACAGAGUGCCCCUCGGGGAGCAGGAGAUGCUGCGGGAGAGCGAGUCCCCCCUGGCCACGGUGGCAGAGUGGCUGCGGCGCUCCUCCCGGCCCCUCUUCGAGAACAGCUCCAAGGUGCGCUGCUUCUUCAAGCAGCACAUCCCCGGCGUGGCCCUGGAGCGGCAGCGCUCGCUCAAGAAGUCCAAGAAGGAGAACGAUGUCUCCCACGUGCUGCAAGAGGUGGCCCUGGCCCCGGAGAACCCCUCCAAGUCCAUCCUCAAGCGACCCAAGGGUAUCCUGAAGAAGAGGAACUCCUGUGAGCAGAAGGUGCCUGGCCCUCCGCUGGCAGCCCCUGCGGGAGAGGCGAAGAGUGAGGAUGGAGAAGUGACUGCCGUGGCUCUGAUCCACAUCCUGUCCCCAGAGGUGCUGGCUGGCAGCGAGGGCAGCAGCAUCGUCCCCGCAGCUGUGCCCAAGAAGGGAAUCCUAAAAAAGCCCCCGAAGAGGGAGUCGGGCUAUUACUCAUCCCUGGAGUGCUGCGAGUCCGGGGACGUUCUGGACACAGGGAGCUUGGACCUCGAUGGGAGCGUGUUUGCCGACAGCCCCUCUGCAGAUCAGCCCCCUCCCAGCCUCCCCACUGGCCGAAAAGGCAUCCUCAAGCACAGCAGCAAGUACUCCCCCAGCAGCACUGAGCCAGGUCCCCCCCCGGGGCAGGGCUUUGGGUGUUUCAGCGAGGUGUCCCUGCCCAGAGCCCCCCUAGCCCCCCGCACCCGCCCAGCCAGCGCCGUGAGCGAGGACAGCAUCCUCUCCACAGAGUCCUUUGACCAGCUCGACCUUCCCACCCGUGUCCCCCCCAGCAGCGUGGGCAUGCGGGGCUGCGUCUCUGCCGACAGCCUCCUGCGGCUGGAGGAGGAGGAGGCGGAUGAAGGGCGCCGGCUGCGCCGCUGGACCAUGACGCACUGCCCCAGCGCCCUGGGGGAGAGCCGCUUCUCCCUGGAGAGCUGUGACAAUGUCACCGAGGCUUACCGGUGCGCCAUGGCCAUCGGCAUGAAGCUGAGCUGAGGACACCCUGCAGCCACCCCCCGUGUCCCCGCUGGGCUCCCCCAGCCCGGGGCUGCUGCUGCUGCUGCCCUGUGCCCCACGUAUUUAUUUUGCAGCCCCGGGGAGGCGCUGGGAUGCGCAGGGAGGGAGCUGCGGUGGCUGUGGGACACUGGAGGGGCUGCAGCGAGGGGAGGGCGAUGGCCUGGGCACAUCCCCAUGGGAGGGGAUAUAAUGGGACCAAAGCCCUGAGCUGCUCCAGCAGCCCCCCUGGGGGCUGGGGGUGCUCUUGGAGCUGCCUCGGAGGCAUUUUGGGUGCUUGGACCCCUCCCUGCUGCCCAGGCAGGUUCAUCUCAUGGGAGGGAAGGAUGGGGGGUGGGAUUUCUCUUUCUUUGCACUGUUUUUUUUUUUUUUGUUUUGGCUGCACAAGUUAACGGAUAGGGCAGGUGAUAUACCUCAACCAAGCUAGAGAUGUAGCAGGGUGCUGGCAGGAGGCUGAGAGGUGCCAUCCAGGCUCUCCGGGGUUGCUGGCAAUGGGGUCCGGCCCCAGCCCUUCCCUCUCCUGCCCUGAGAAACCCAACUGGAAUAAGGCACGUGCUUUGCUGCUGUGGGCCCGGGCCUCAUCCUGCACACAGAAGGGGAAAACCCUGGCUCUGCAGGAAACCUGGGUCUGGCUGAAGCCGAAACCACAGCCUGAAAGCGUGCUCUGAUGCCAACGUCAGUUUUUAGUGUUGAAAGGAGAGAAAAAAAAAAG